GUUCGCCUGUAUUUAUGACACUCGUGCGGAAAGAUCAUGCACGGUGAGCUUUUUUAGAACGAUGCUCUCGUUCGUACACCUCUCUUUUUACAUUCUUUUCUCAUCAUAUAUAUGACACCUAAGAAAGGAAAAUUGUAAAAAAACAAUGAUAUGUCACCUUUAGGGCAAUCUUAGGACUUCCCAUCACGAUCUGGACAUUCAUCAGUUGUCCAGUUCGGGGAUUACCCAAGAAAGUUACACGCUCCUCCCCCCACUUCAUUCCUAUAUAGGCAUUCCAGUUUCGUUUUUCCUUCCAAAAGAAAUGCAGUACUUCACCUUUCUAAUCGCUAUUUUGACCGUUGGAUGGACACAGCCCGUCCAAGACAGAAUAUAUUUGCCAGCCAAACCUGGUUCUAGACCCGACUGUCAACCCAGAGAUCAAACAUACUGCGAAGAAAUUAAUGACUAUCCUGCAGAUCUCAUCAUGAAAAUCUUGCAGAAAGGAAAUUUUAAUUUUAGUUCGCUGUUCAUGGAUGAACGUGAAGGGCUGCAAGAACCUCCAGAAGAGAUGAUCCUGCGUUCACCCGUACGUUCUAGAGUAUCUAGGAGUGUUUGCCAGGAAUCUUUAUGUCCCGUAGAGAAGAAAGUGUUAUCUGCUAAGGCAGCUAUCAAACACGAUGGCGAAUGGCGAUACGUGAUCAAAACGCCGUUAACGAUACAAUUAUGCAGCAAACCGUCGAGUCGUGUUGUUGAAAGAAUUCAGAAAUAUUCGAAAGUAAAAAUGCGCUCGUUGGACAUUGAUGGAAAGAUUAAAUAUGACUGGUUUGUUUUCCCUUCGCAUUGUAGCUGCAGAUGUUAAUUUGUUAGUUCCUAAUGGAAUAUCCAGUAAGAUGCAAUUCAAUUUGCAUACUUUGGUACAAAUUCAUUUUCGGGUUUUUAAUUACCACAAGUAUUAAACUGCCAGAUAAUCAACAUAUAUAUCUGGCUGUUAUAUAUUUCAGUUCAAUAUUUGUUUAGCCAUAUAUCUAUGGUUAUUUUUUUUAAUUAAAAAGUUCAUUAUUAUACAAUUUUAAUUAAGAUAUUUUUACUUUUGUCUAUUCAAAGUUGUUCUCUUAUGAUAUUCCGAUAUACUGUUAAAUGAUUGAGAUGUAGCAAUAUCCCAAGAGUAAAUAAAAUAAAUGUUCA